AAAAUCUAUUUGGGACAUCAAAGAGAAAAACAACAGUUGGUUUUAACAGGACCCUUUGAUAGGGGCAGAGAGAUCGGUUGCUUGUUCAUUUUUCAUGAUCAUACUGUCGUAUCAUUGCUGGCUCAGAGGAGGAGAUCAAUAAGAUUGAUUAUAGGAGAAGCAGCAGACAGAUUGGUAAUCAAAUUCUACAGAUGGAAACAGAGAGCCGAUUGGUGCGCAUGUGCAUAGAAGCAGCAUGUGAUAGUAGAGAAAGUGUUGAGAAAUGGAGGCGCCAACGGCGGUCUCUUGAGCGCAUCCCUUCUCCUCUAGCUGACGCUCUCCUUGGCCGCCUUAUACACCGCCGCAUCCUUUUCCCUUCUUUGCUCGAACUUUUCAAACAAAGCGUGGAGGUGGUUGACCUGAGAGGUGAAAGCGCUGUAGACGCAGAGUGGAUGGCAUAUUUGGGAGCAUUUCGUUACUUACGUUAUUUGAAUCUUUCCGAUUGCCGUAGAAUCAAUAGUUCUGCACUGUGGGCUUUAACUGGGAUGACUAGUCUGAAGGAGUUGGACCUUUCUAGAUGUGUUAAGGUUACUGAUACUGGCAUUAGGCAUCUUCUAUCAAUUUCUACAAUGGAAAUACUGCGAAUUUCUGGAACAGGUCUAACUGCAGAUGGGGUUGCACUUCUCUCCUCACUCAGAAAUUUGUCUCUCUUGGAUUUGGGUGGUUUACCUGUCACUGAUGUGGCAUUGAGUUCUCUACAGGUACUGACAAAGCUAGAGUACCUUGACCUCUGGGGAAGUAACAUAACCAACAAAGGGGUCAUUGCUCUCCAACGGUUUCCCAAACUUAGUUUUCUCAACUUAGCUUGGACUAGUGUUACAAGGCUGCCGAACAUGCCAUCUCUUGAAUGCUUAAACUUGAGCGACUGUGCCAUUGAGUCUAUACUUGAAGGUGAUGGCAAUAAAGCUCCUCUAACUAGACUCGUACUCUCAGGAGCCACAUUUGCAAAUGAGGCUGAAGUGUUUUUACAUAUAAAACGAAGUUUUCUAUCUUUUCUGGACGUGUCCAAUUCAUCCCUUCAGGGAUUCUACUUCUUACCCUGUAUGGAAGUGCUGGGACACUUGGAUCUUAGCUCUUGCAUGAUGGGAGAUGAUUCGGUUGAACUGAUUGCAUGUAUUGGAGCCAACUUGAGAAAUUUAAAUCUGAGCAAAACUAGAGUUACUUCUAAUGGGGUAGCUAUUUUAGCACAACACGUCCCGAAGCUUGAAUUUUUAUCACUAUCUCAUGCUCCAAUUGAUGAUUUGGCCAUCUCACAUAUUGGCAUGAUGCCUUCCUUGAAGGCUAUUGACUUGAGCAAUACAAACAUCAAAGGUUUCAUUCACCAGGCAGGUGCAGAGACAAAUUUGAUUCCUUCGCUGACAGCUUUGCAGAAGCUAAGUGAUUUGCAGAGUUUGAAUUUGGAGCAUACCCAAGUCAGGGAUGCAGCCCUAGACCCUGUAUCAAGCUUCCAAGAGUUGAGGCACCUAUCUCUCAGAAGUGCUUCCCUUUCUGACGCUACACUUUACCAUUUAUCAUCUCUAUCAAAGCUGACAAAUCUUGCCAUUUGUGACGCUGUGGUGACAAAUUAUGGACUAGACUUAUUCAGACCCCCAAAAGCUCUGAAAAUGCUAGACCUGAGGGGUUGUUGGCUUUUGACUGAGGAGGCCAUAUCGGCAUUUUGUAAGAAACAUCCAGUAACUGAAGUGAGGCAUGAACUCCUCAGUACAUCUAUAUCAGAUCAAACUAGUGCUAACCGUCCAUCCCCAUCACGAAUACUUUUGAGACCUUCACAGGUGAACCGGAAGCAGGAAAAGAUGCCUGUCUCUAGGCCAAUGUCUAAUACUUUUAUAGAUCAAAGACUGAAGUAUAGCAGAGAGGAAUUACUUGCAUUACAAUAUCAUUCUUUAUCACUGGGAUCUUCUGACAAUAGAUGUCUUGCGAUGCCUGAGAAGCAAUUUGAUGAAAAAGAUUAAUUGCUAUUUUGCUACUAGCCAAACAGUCCAUUACCUUGCCAGUUAGGGGCUUAUCUUCGCCCUUCACUUCUAUAGAACAAAAUGAGAUGAAAAUGAUAGUUGGAAAUUUGUUUUUAUUGUUCUCAAUAAACCGAUACAACACGACUUUGUUAUUUAUUUCUCAAAGAAAAGAAAAUUGUUACCCAGAGUUCAUCAA